CGCGGGCGGCGCAGGGCAGGCUGCAGGGCAGGACCGGCCUCUGGCGCUUGGCGCGGGCGGAGCGAGCAGCGCCCGGGAGGAGGCGGAGGAGGCGGAGGCGGAGGCGGAGGCGGCGCCCAGCUGGCCCCCGCCCUCCGCCCUCCCCCCGGCGGCUCCCAGCAAGUUCCCCGACCGAGGAGGAGGACGCAGCCCGGCGGCGACGACGACGCUUGCUGGCUGGCUGGCUGGCUGCAUGGCGCCCUCGCAGUGCGCUCCGGAGCUGCGCCCGGGGACUCCAGCGCCCUGAAGCCCGGCGGCGAGGCGAGGCGGGCCGAGGGGGGCAGGUCGCCAGCUGGCCGGACGAGCAGAGAUGGGGAGCAAAGGCCAUUAUCGGUACCACUGGCAAAGCCACAAUGUCAAGCACAGCGGCAUGGACGACAUGGUGCUGCUUUCCAAGAUUUCGGAAGACUCCAUUGUGGAUAACCUCAAAAAGCGAUACAUGGACGACUAUAUAUUUACAUAUAUUGGGUCGGUGUUAAUCUCUGUGAACCCUUUUAAGCAGAUGCCCUACUUUGGAGAGAAAGAGAUUGAAAUGUACCAAGGAGCGGCUCAGUAUGAAAAUCCACCACACAUCUACGCUCUAGCAGAUAACGUGUACCGGAACAUGAUCAUUGACCGAGAGAACCAGUGCGUCAUCAUCAGUGGUGAAAGCGGUGCUGGGAAGACUGUGGCAGCCAAAUACAUCAUGAGCUACAUCUCCAGAAUAUCAGGAGGGGGCCCCAAAGUGCAGCAUGUGAAGGACAUCAUCUUACAGUCGAAUCCUCUCUUGGAGGCCUUUGGGAACGCCAAGACUGUCCGGAACAACAAUUCCAGCAGAUUUGGGAAAUAUUUUGAAAUCCAGUUUAGCCCAGGUGGGGAACCAGAUGGAGGCAAGAUUUCCAACUUCCUGCUGGAGAAGUCCCGAGUGGUCAUGAGGAAUCCCGGGGAGAGGAGCUUCCACAUUUUUUACCAGCUGAUUGAAGGUGCCCCCAGUGAGCAAAAGACCAGCUUUGGCAUCACCAGUAUGGACUAUUAUCACUACUUGAGUCUCUCUGGAUCCUACAAGGUGGAGGAUAUUAAUGACAAGUCUGAUUUCCAGGAAACUCUGCAUGCCAUGAAUGUGAUCGGGAUCUUUGCUGAGGAGCAGACCUUGGUGCUGCAGAUCGUGGCCGGAGUGCUUCACCUGGGCAACAUCAGCUUCAGGGAAGUCGGCAAUUAUGCGGCGGUGGAGAGUGAGGAAUUCUUGGCCUUCCCGGCUUUCCUGCUGGGCAUUGACCAGAGCCGGCUCAAAGAGAAGCUGACCAGCAGGCAGAUGGACAGCAAGUGGGGAGGCAAGUCGGAAUCCAUCCACGUGACCCUCAACGUGGAGCAGGCCUGCUACACCCGGGACGCCUUGGCCAAAGCCCUGCAUGCCAGAGUCUUCGACUACUUGGUGGAGUCCAUUAAUAAGGCUAUGGAGAAGGAUCACGAAGAAUAUAAUAUUGGUGUCUUGGACAUCUAUGGCUUUGAAAUAUUCCAGAAAAAUGGGUUUGAGCAGUUCUGCAUCAACUUUGUCAACGAGAAGUUGCAACAGAUCUUCAUUGAGCUGACGCUGAAGGCAGAACAGGAAGAAUAUGUGCAAGAAGGAAUCUGCUGGACCCCCAUUGACUACUUCAACAAUAAAAUUGUGUGUGACCUCAUAGAGAAUAAAGUGAAUCCCCCUGGCAUCAUGAGUAUCCUGGACGACGUCUGUGCCACGAUGCAUGCCGUGGGCGAAGGAGCGGACCAGACCCUGCUGCAGAAGCUCCAGAUGCAGAUCGGGACGCACGAGCACUUCAACAGCUGGAACCAGGGCUUCAUCAUACACCACUACGCUGGAAAGGUGUCGUACGACAUGGACGGCUUUUGCGAGAGGAACCGAGAUGUUCUUUUCAUGGACUUGAUUGAACUCAUGCAAAGCAGCGAAUUGCCUUUUAUAAAGGCUCUAUUUCCUGAAAGCCUCCAAGUCGACAAGAAAGGCCGACCUACCACUGCAGGAAGCAAAAUCAAGAAACAAGCCAAUGACCUUGUGGGAACGCUGAUGAAAUGCACGCCUCACUACAUCCGCUGCAUCAAGCCGAAUGAAACGAAGAAACCUCGGGACUGGGAGGAGAGCAGGGUGAAGCACCAAGUGGAAUACCUUGGCCUCAAAGAGAAUAUCCGAGUGCGGCGGGCAGGUUACGCCUACAGGCGAGUGUUCAAGAAAUUCCUCCAGAGGUUUGCCAUCCUGACCAAAGCAACCUGGCCCUCCUGGAAAGGGGACGAAAAGCAGGGUGUUCUCCACCUCCUCCAUUCGGUUAACAUGGAUGCUGACCAGUACCAGCUGGGGAGAACCAAGAUCUUCAUCAAGGCUCCAGAGUCGUUAUUUUUGCUGGAAGAGAUGCGAGAGCGGAAAUACGACGGCUACGCCCGGGCGAUCCAGAAGGCGUGGCGGAAGUACGUGGCCCGGAAGAAAUACGUGCAGAUGAGAGCCGAAGCCUCCGACCUGCUGCUGAACCGGAAGGAGAGGAGGCGGAACAGCAUCAACCGCAACUUCAUGGGCGAUUACCUGGGCAUGGAGGACCGGCCCGAGCUGCGGCAGUUCCUGGCCAAGCGGGAAAAGGUCGACUUUGCAGACACGGUCACCAAAUAUGACCGGAGGUUCAAGGGUGUCAAGCGAGACCUGAUCCUCUCUCCCAAGUGCAUUUACCUGAUCGGGCGCGAGAAGGUGAGGCAGGGCCCCGAGAGAGGCCUGGUGAAGGAGGUGCUGAAGCGCCGGAUUGAGCUGGAGAAGAUCCUGUCCAUCUCCCUGAGCACCAUGCAGGACGACCUCUUUGUCUUACACGAGCAAGAAUACGACAGUCUCCUAGAGUCAGUCUUCAAAACCGAGUUUUUGACCCUGUUGUCAAAGCGGUUCGAAGAGCGAACACAACGGAGGCUCUUCCUGAAAUUUGGCAACACACUUGAAGUGAAGCUGAAAAAGGAGAAUUGGGGGCCCUGGAGCGCCGGGGGGUCUCGCCAGGUGCAGUUCAGCCAAGGCCAGGGAGACGUGGCCGUCCUCAAGCCAAGCAACAAAGUGCUGCAGGUCAGCAUCGGACCAGGACUCCCAAAGAACUCCCGUCCCACCAGACGGAAUGUAACCCAGUCCAGAGGACCUUCUUCCGGCAGGACCCAAGUCCAGACCUACCCGAUGAGGGCUGCUCCACCUCCCCCAGGUCAUCACCAAAACGGGGUGAUCAAAGCCCCACAGCUGGCACUGUAUCCUCAAGGCCUGGCCAGCCAGCGGGCCAGUCAGAGAAGCCUGUACACAAGCAUGGUGCGCCCGCCAUUGCCACAGGUCUCCGGCGGAGCAGGCAGAAUUUCUCAGCAACCAGACAGCCUGGACUUCCUCAAGGUGCCAGACCAGGGCGCUGCCGGUGCACGCAGGCAGACGACGAGCCGCCCUGCGCCUGCAGGAGGGAGGCCCAAGCCCCAGCCGAAACCCAAGCCUCAGGUCCCUCAGUGCAGGGCGCUGUAUGCCUACGAUGCUCAGGACACAGAUGAACUCAGCUUCAACGCCAACGAUGUCAUUGAGAUCAUCAGAGAAGAUCCCUCAGGCUGGUGGAUGGGCAGGCUAAGAGGGAAGCAAGGACUGUUCCCAAAUAAUUAUGUGGCCAAGGUGUAGCCCUGCAGGCCCAGAGACAGAUGGAGACGCUUUCCAGCUGUGGCGGUCUCCUUGCAAAACUCCCAUUCUUCAUGGAAUCUCUACUCCACGGCAGUUGAGUCUUCAGAGGAGGAAGAUGGAGGAAAAAGCUGCUCUGUUUACUCUCCAGAAAGCCAAAGUGCAUCCCUCAGAUGCCCAAAUUACCAAACAAGGGCUUAUUUAUUUAAUUUAAUCCAUUGUUUUUCUCACGGAAGAGGAAGAGCAUCUUGAAUUCCAUUCCUUGAAGUUUCGGGAAGAUGCUCUGCCAGCCAGGACUCCGGCAGAGUCAGACUUCUUACAAGUGCCUUUCGUUGUGCCGGACUCUCUUCAACAUGAUCUCACACCAUAAUGGCACAUUGUGCACAUUUCCUCUGUGGGUGACUUUGCAGAGGAGCAGAGUGAUGCUGCUACCUGCCUUAGAAGCAGAGGGGCAUGGCUUCUCCCCCCCCGCCGCCCUCCAAAGAGCAUGUAUGGUCAAGGUCGCCCGAGCUGGUAGUCCUUGUUUGCGUGUGAGCAGUGAAGAUGCCCGAAAAGGCUCAGCUCCCCAAAGAGACGCUCCUGAAUGCUGUAGAUGGUUUGCAGAGAUAAUGUGGCUGGCCCAUGUUGGUUUUUAAUUAUUGCUGCAUCUGGUUGGAGACUUGGGGGCUGUUCACUCUCCUCCCCCCAUCAGGAGCUGGGCACCAAGAUAGCAGAGCGAGGCAACCCAGCCGGAAUGGACCCCCGAGCGCUGCCCUGUGCUUCUCCAGCCAGGGAGCUUGAGGAGCCUGCAGGGGCCAGGGACGCUGCCAGCCGUGCUGCUGGGGAGCCAUCAAGCCAGGGGUGCAAGCGCCUGUCAGCCCAGCCGCCUCCCGCCCCAGGCCCGAGCGCUGAUGCUUCCCCAUUUUAUCCACUCUCUUCCCAUGCGCCAUCAAUAAAACAUAGGAAGGAA